UCGAUCGACUAUGAGUUUGUCACACACUUGAUGUUAGCGGAAUAGCUUGCUUCACAUACAGAGCGCCAAAAAGCUAUGUCACAGUUAUGUUUAGCAAUCAGGGCAUUCAACCCGUAAAUGUCUCGUUUAACAACGCAAAAAAUUGCUUUUUAUACCUCCCCUCGAAACUGAUAUCGCAUCUUUCUCUGAAAGAGAACCAGCCUCUGGAGUUGUCCUGUGGUCAUGGGUCUUCAGUGUUUCUCAGCUGGACUCAAAACAGAUCCACCUCCAGCCUGGACAGCCACAAAGUGGAGCUGUGUCGGCAACUAGGAGAGAAGCUGGGCCUGACAGAUGGAGAGCAGGGCUUCUUAAGGCCAUGUCAUCAGGUCUCAUCUUUGCAUCGGGUGUUUGUGGAGCCUCUGUCAUCUGAUGACUGGGAGAUCUUGGAGCUCCACAGUUCUGCGCUGGAGCUGCGACUAUUGGAUCAGAUCAGAGUGGUUUUCCAAGAUGCUGUGUUUCCUGUGUGGGUGAACAACCACACAGUAAUCUAUAUUCGAAUAGCUUCACUUUCUCCAAGUGUGCCCUAUGGUCGUCUGGAGCAAUUCACAGAACUUGUUGUAUCCCCGAAAAUCCGUGCUGAAAUUGGCACCCUCAGAGAUUCUCUAGUAAAAUCCAACCCAAACCAAGAAAAUUUUCACAGACAGCCAAACGUGGAUUUUUCCUCCUCCUAUUCAGGACCAUCGUCAGAAACUACCUCCUCUACCCCCUCUACCCCUAGCAGCCACCAGUGGGGUGGCAUAGCUGACCUGAAAAACCUCUUUCGCCAUAUGAUAAAGGGUGCUUAUGACCCAGUUAAAGAGCAACCGCCUUUACCUGAAAUCCCCGCCCUUCUUACCGACUCUCUGUACAGAGUGUGCAGUUCACCUCCCCACUCUCUCAGCACUAUAAGCCAUGUUGCAACUGGCGCUAUUCACAUAUUUCCUUGGAGCCACAGUUUCAAUGCCAGGCUGAGUGAAGGUCAUGCUUCAAUUACAUAUGGCCUUAUCUCCAAAGUUCCAUCCCCCAAAGAAACGAGGGACAAAACCAAGCGGGCAAUGGAGAAAAAGAAGAAAGCAAGAGCUGCUAAAGGUAGUGCUAUGCCUGAAGAAGAAGAGGUGAAAGAAGAGGAGGCCAUGGUGGUCAGGGCAGUAUGUCACUGUACUGAGCUGCUUGCGUGCAAGCAAAGAAGCAAAGGAGAGAUCCACAGUGGAAGAGUAUGGAUUCCACAGCCUCUGGCCAGCAGGCUGGGUAUCCUUGCCCAUUCAACAAUAAGAAUUAAGCCAGUGAAAUCAGCUAUCAAAGUAGCCUCUACUAUUCGCCUACAACCGCUAAAUCCACUGCCUGAGGAGGAUGAUGAGGAGAUCCAGACAGCUUUACUUGGUUGGCUGCACACACAGAGUCACGAACCUUUAGCCUGUCUCACAGCACGGUCUGGCACCAUCCUCCUACAUGGAACUGAUGCAAAGCUCGAGUUUGCUUUAACUGUGCUGAAACCAGAACCACAGACUGAACCUACAGACCAGCUGUUUCUGCUAGCACCCACUGUCAUCCAGAAGAAAGACAUACAGGUAGACAGAGCGCCAGUAACUACCCCAGCUGUGAAACCUGGAGCUGAAACACUUCACCCAGAGCUUCCCUCACUUAGUAUUCUUGGUGGGAUAGAUGACCUUUGUAGGACUGGGUUUGAGUUUAUCUCUCAUAGUCUUCUGGGUAGUCCCCUCUCACAAGAGCUGGGUACUAUUGGACGGGGACUCCAAGGUGGAGCCCUUCUUAUCACUGGUGCUAAGGGGAGUGGGAAAAGCACUCUGUCCCAAGCUCUGUGCAGGAAAGCUAGAGAGGAGCUGGAUGCACACGUUGAGGUGGUAGACUGCAAAAAGCUACAAGGCAAAAGGGUAGAAACUGUGAGGCAGAAUCUGAACGACAUUUUUGAGCAGGCAGAGUGGAUGCAGCCCUCGGUUGUUCUACUUGAUGACCUGGAUCAUUUGACGCGAGCACCAGCCUCACCUGAACAUGAACACGGCGCUGAGGCACUGCUUCAGCAGCACAUUGCUCAGAGUCUGAAGGAUGUGGUGGAUGAGGUGAUGGUUCACUCCAGCCUGGUGUGUCUGAUCAUCACCAGCCAAAGUGAACACACCCUCCAUCCUUCUCUGACUGAGGUACACGGUUCCCACUUCAUCCAGGGAUUUGUAAACAUUCAGCCACCUGACCAGCCCCAGAGAGCUGACAUCCUGCACCAUCUGAUCCUGAGGAAGUCCUGCCUGCCUGUUGAGACCUUACAGGGUCUUGACCUGGGGGCAGUUGCUAAGGAGACAGAGGGAUACACGCCUCAAGAUCUAGUAUUACUGGUAGAGCGGGCUGUUCAUGCUAACAUUAUGCAAAGAGGGCACAGUGAGCAAGGUGUGUGUCUGUCGUGGAGAGACUUUGCUCAGGCUCUCAAGGGAUUCACACCCCCCUCUCUGUGGGGUGUAGACCUCCACAUGCUCAGUGGAGUUGGGCUGGACAGGGUAGGAGGUCUAAAAGAGGUGCGACAGCAGCUUAUGGACACCAUACUGCUCCCUGCUAAGUAUCCAGUCCUGUUCUCCAAUCUUCCCAUCCGCCAUCGCUCAGGAAUACUGCUGUAUGGCGCUCCAGGUACAGGAAAAACACUGCUGGCCAGAGCUGUAGCCAGAGACAGUGGUAUGAACUUCAUCAGCAUCAAGGGACCUGAACUUCUGAGUAAAUACAUCGGAGCCAGUGAGCAGGGAGUCCGUGAUGUCUUCCAGAGGGCACAAGCCGCCAAGCCGUGCAUCCUGUUCUUCGAUGAGUUUGACUCCCUGGCCCCCAGGAGGGGCCACGACAGCACAGGUGUAACCGACCGCGUGGUCAACCAGCUCCUCACCCAGCUGGAUGGAGUGGAAGGACUGCAGGGUGUGUAUGUGCUUGCGGCCACCAGCCGACCAGAUCUGAUUGACCCGGCUCUGCUGAGACCUGGACGGCUGGACAAAUCCCUCUACUGCUCUCCUCCUGACCUGGAGGCUCGUGUGGAGAUCCUGAAAGCUCUGAGUGCAGGCGUCCCCCUGGCUCCUGAUGUUGACCUGGAACAGUUGGCAGCAGCAACAGAGCAGUUUACCGGGGCAGAUCUGAAAGCCUUGCUUUACAAUGCACAGCUGGAGGCUGUCCAUAACAGCACAGGCACCAGCCCACCACGUGAGUUGACCUCUGGCUCGGAAAGCGACAUGAGCCUUUCUUCCAUGAUCUUCCCGACCAACCAUGGCAGUGGCUCAGAUGACUCGGUGGGAGAGGGAGGGUCAGGCAUGGGGCUGGACCAGUCCAUGGUUGUCCUGGAGCCCAGUGAGCUUCAUGCAGAAGACAAACACCACCACAGCAAUGUCUGGAGACUGUACUUUGGAAGUUCCUACGAGUCAGAGUUGGAGAAUUCACAGAGUUCAAAGCCGAACUCCCAGUGCGUCUCUGGACCCAGUUCCAUGAGCAAUGACUUUACAGGAGGAUCAGUUCGUGAACCCGUUAGUUCAGUCAAUCUUGCCUUCAUGCCCUCCAUACAGAGGGGAUACGAAGAGCCUGCCCCAGAGCAGCUGGAGCGUCUACAACAAGACAUUAUUAACAUUAAGAACAACUACAGGAGAGCCAAUGAAGAGCGCGCUUGUGUGCAUCCAGCCACCAAACAGCCAGGCCUGCUGCUGCGUCAGGCUCAUGUAAACGCUGCCUUGGCCGUGACCAAGCCCUCCCUCAGCCAAGCCGACUGGAAGAGAUACACAAAACUGUAUGAAGGCUUCGGUGUUUCGGGAGACAGAAAAUCUGUUCAUUCUGUCAAAUUGAAACCUGGACAACGUGUGACUUUAGCUUGAUCAAAUGGUUUAACCAUUUCAGUUGAAUUUUGACAUUGUAAAUUAAUACAGUGUUUAUAUAAUGUUCUUUACUGACUUGGUUGUGAAUGAGACUUGAAAUGACUUGAAUGUAAUUAAUGCACAUAUGCACAUUAUAAUUAGGUAUAAAUUAUGUACUUGUUUGAAUUAAAAAUUAAAAUUUUCUCUAACUUG